AUGACACUCUUUAUGCGACAGACGACUCAUGGUAUUGUUCUUCUUCUCCUGUAUAUUGAUGAUAUGAUUAUUACUGAGGAUAAUCCUCAGGCUAUUUCUAAUCUACAACACAAUCUUGGUGAAUACUUUGAGAUGAAGGAUUUAGGUUCCCUUAGUUAUUUUCUUGGCCUCGAAGUCUCAUUGAGCUCUGUUGGUUACUCGUUGUCUCAAGCGAAGUAUGCCUCAUAUCUUUUGGUGCGCUCAAGUAUCAAUGACUCUGCUACAGCUCCAACAACACUUAAUCCCAAUGUUCUCUUGAUUCCGUUUGAUGGCAUUCCCCUUGAGGAUGUCAGUCUCUAUCGUCAACUUGUUGGCAGCCUUAUUUAUCUGACCGUCACUCAUCCUGACAUUGCAUAUGUUGUUCGCAUACUUAGUUAA